UAAUAUAUUUUUUUAAUAAUUGACUCAUACGAUACUUUCAUUUAGUCUGUAACAAAUGUCUUAUUGAAUUUGUAUGUGUCACAUGUUUUAGUGAAAGGUAGAAAAUGGGACCUUGUUCAAGUUCAACGUUUAUCAGUUACACAUAUGUCUUUUCACACUGCUUACACUGGUGUUACGCUAUGGAGUUACCAAAGGAGUAUCCUUACGUCUUAACGAUCUCCCAGUGCAAAUGUCUUGGGUCUUUCAGACAGACUUCGCCGGAUUUCUAUGACUUUGACUUGAUCGACGUUCAGAACUACAGGUUACAAGGACAAGAUAGUUCGCGGUAUACGAUCACCAAAACGUUAGUAAAUGCACAUUGCCGUCCUUCAUUAUAUGCUAAAGACGUAUUUGUUUUUGACAUCGCAGGCAUGAAAAUAAAGGAAACAUUUCCUAAAGAUUCAUUAUCCAAAAUUAAAAUGACUCCGAUUCAUCGCAGCAUAACUGACGAAAAGCUAUCUUUUAUCAGCCUGACUCUCAACUGUCUCUUGAUCGUAGUAAAAGACAAAAAGACAUCAACUAGCGAACUUAUCACGAUGGAUCCAGUAAGAUGUGCGCGACAGCACUGUGCUUCGCUAUCAAUUAAGCAAGAAGCAGACUGCGAACAGUUAUAUGUUGCGAUUUUGUCACUAGCACUUGAGUGCGCCUAUUUUGAAGGUAAAGAUGGUAAGGAAGAAAGGGGAUUCACGGUCGCAUCCAGCCCGAUCAUUUGUAAUAACGCAUUGUGGGGCAUUUCGACGAGCUUGGCAGGCGAAUAUCUCUUAUGGGCUCGACUUGAUUUGGAACCCAAUAACAGUAUUUACGCCGAACUGAGAGCUGGAUCCAAAACUUCCACGUUUCAUAAUGUUCCUAACUUUCUGCCGGUACUAAUAUUUUAUUGGUUGUUUAAAUCAUAUUUCAACUGUAUUAUUACACAUGUUUCUCAAUUAUUGUUGUUCUGUUUGAAUGUAUUUUGUUUUUUAAUGCAAUAUUUUUGCGGCGUAAGAUAG